GUGCGUGUGUCUAUAAACAACAGCAGUGUUAGAGUCCUUAGUUACGCUUCAAUAAUGGAGUAUAUCGGCAGUUCUUACGAAGGAGAAACAUUGAAUGGACGGUUGGAAGGAAAUGGAAAGUAUACAUUCGCCACUGGAACUGUUUACAAAGGUGAAUUUAAAGAUGGUAUGUUUCAUGGGAAUGGAACUUUAUAUUUUCCGUCUGGCAGUAAAUACUGCGCUGAAUGGGAUGAGGGCCGGGCUACACAAGGUAAAUAUACUUUUGCUGAUGGUCUUACCUACGAUUUCGACAAUUGGGAUUAUUGUGACGAAUUCGACCGUCGUUUCUAUACUGAGAUAUGUCAUGGCCUUAAACCAGCUGGACGUUCUCAGCUGACCGAUGUAGUUCCUCCUCGAGACAUUCCCAAGGGAUAUUACGAUUGUGGAGAUGGAUUUUAUGAUCCUGUUACACGAGUUGUGUUUUCAUACGACAAAGAAUUUUUAAGAAAUGCAGAUACUGAUGAACACGAUUGGAUCGUACGGACUUGUCGUAAAGGCUGGGAUGAAUUCAUUGGCUGGAAAUCUGUUGUGGGACCUGAUAAAACAGAAUAAACUUUGAGAAAGGUCUACCUAUCUAUCUAUCUAUCUAUCUAUCUCGUGUUUCAAGGUUGCUUCAUCGAUUUAUGAGAGAAUAUAAACUAAUAAUUAAAAUGAUAGUCAACAAACGUAGAAGGCCAUUUGCAUUGUUAGGAUUAUGAUAACAUGAUAUUUGAAAUAUUCGAUUACAAUUAAAUAUUUGCCAUAAUUAAAUUGAGUAAAUGUGCAGAUAUGACCGACAGAUGUCUUCCCGGUUAAUCAUUAUUUUAGCUACAUAAAUAGGAGCCACGUUAUUUAAGCACCAGCUUGCCUUCAGGUGAUUGUAGAUGCCAGUACCUGGAGUUUGAAAAGGAUUUGAAUACAGUUUAAAUGAUUGGGGUUUGAUCGCACUAGCAAUCUCCUCUUUUGUGUUAUUUAUAUUGAUUUCUAACAUAAGUACAAAAUCUCGCAUUCCGGGUGGAGUUUUGCGGAUUAAAUUGACUUCAGUAUGUGACUGGUACUUUAUUUAUCAUACCCAAGAGAAUGAGAUAUAGAUUUCGGCGAGAUUUAACCUCAGCACAUGAAAAGCAAAUAACUAGAUACUGCAAACCAUUUUGUCUGACGCUCAAACGAUUCUUCUAAUUCAGGUGUCACACACACAUAAACACACACACACACACACACACACACACACACAAACAGACAUACCCACAAUAGAGAAUGGAAUGGAAUUGCAUGAUGAUAAUGCCUUUCUCAACGGUAUUAGCAGGUGAAGUGAAAUUAUUUGGCUUUAACCGAGUAUCGAAAAUAGCUCGUGGAUUUGUCUAACCCAGAAGCGUUGGUAUAUUUAUUUGCUAUGUAUUAUACGGUGUUAAAGACAAUAUAUUGCAUCAAAGAUAGCUAGCAUAGAGUAUACUGCUGCACUAACAGCAUUUAGUUAAGGCCCUUUCAGUGAAGGCGUUCAAAUCUGGAGGUGGUUUAAAUAAUUAAUUUAUACUAUUAAUAGACUGAAACAAAUUUAACUGACUCUUACCUCGCACAUUCCUUUUCAACUAUUGGUCUUCAGCCUAGAUAGAAAAUCGUUAUGUACUGAGGUUGAUUUAAUCGACGUUCCCUGUCAUCAUAUUUGUGAUCUUGUACCUAUACUAGAAAUCAAUAUAUUAUAUUAUUUAAUAUUAUAUUGUAAUGAAUUAUUCACGUGUAUACAAACGACAUAUAUAUCAGGUCAUCCCAUAAGUUCUGUCCGAAUUUUGAAUAAAGAAAACAAGUGAUCAAAUGUUAUAUUUAAUUGAAAUUUAAUCAUCAAUGUACUUUCCCUGAUUAUCUAUGACUUCCUACCAUCUAUUUACAAGCUUUUAAAUCCCAUCAAUGUAAAACUCUUUUGUUUUCAAAGCGAAGAACUUUGAAAUGUCAGUUUCGACCUCUUCCUGGCUUGCUUUGGUAGUCUGAAGGAGCAAGGUCAGGAGAUUAAGGUGGAUGAGGAAUUUUUUCCCAACCAAGCUCUUUGAUCUUCUGUGAUGUGAUCUUUGCAGUGUGGUGUUGCGCAUUGUCCUGAUGAAACAUUUUUGAUUCACUAAAGCGGGUCUUUUAUUCUUCAAAGCUUGGUUCAAACACUCUAAUUGAUGACAGUAGACUUGAGCAUUGAUUGUUGCAUUAGGUGGUAACAAUUCAAAGUGAAUUACUCCUUUGCCAUCCUACCAUAUAGAGAAAAGAACCUUUUUCCCAUGAAGUUCCCUUUUCAGUUGUGGUUGAGCUUUUUUCCCUUUUACCAAGCCAUUGUUUAUAAUGUUUAACAUUUCGAUAGAAGAUCCAUUUUUCGUCACCAGUCACAAGUCUAUCCAAAAAGGGUGAAAUGAGUUUGCGAGAAUGGAGAGAAGAGCAGAUGUCAGGAUUUGUGGUGCUUUCGGACAAUUCAUGAGGCACCCAUUUUCCAAGUUUAGGAACCUUUCCAAGUUGUUGAAGAUGACGAUGAACAGUUGUAUGGUUUGAACUAAGCUCUAUUGCCAAUUCUUCAACUGAUAAUGCAGGAUUUUCUUCAAAUAAUGCCUCAAGGAGUUUAUCAUCAAACUCAGCUGGACAUCCUGUUUGAUCUUCAUCUUCAAAGCUGAAAUCUCCACUUCUGAAUUUUGCAAACCAUCUUCUGCAAGUUCUUUCAUUCAAGCAUUCUUUCCCAUAAACUGAGUAUAUGUUUCGAGUCACUUCGGCUGCAGAGUUUCCAUUUUUGUACUCAUAAAGCAUUAUGUACCUCAAAUGCUCUUUGGAUACUUCCAUGUUAGAAAAGGUUUUAAUCAAAGAAAUUUUAAUUCUAUUAUUCUGUAAAAUAAUAUUUAAUUUGUUUAAAUGUACACAAAUGCAUAAAAAUAAUUUUUAAUUCCAUUAGACAUUCCAAAAUACUAUUAAAUUUCAUUCAGGUUUUAAAAGGUAAAAUCGGACCUGAUAGAUAUAUACAUAUACAUAUUUAUAACAAUUGUAUUGAUAGAAAGUUUAAGGUUUCAUUGAUAUAAGUUUUAAGAAACUUUAAGGUUGCUGUCAACAAAAUAAAUUAUUUUAAAUAUCAGACUUUA